AUGGGAGACGCCUUCAUCUCCCUUCACAAGUGCGGGAAGAGCUUCCGGCAGAAGGGCAACCUGGUGUCACACGAGAGGAGCCACCUGGAGGAGAAGCCGCACCGAUGCCCUGAGUGCGGGAAGUGCUUCCGGGAGCAGCGCUUCCUGGCCAACCACCAGCGCACUCACACCCAGGAGCGGCCCUACCAGUGCCCCCAGUGCCAGAAGAGCUUCAGUGCCAAGCAGGGGCUCCUCGUCCACCAGCGCCUGCACACCGGGGAGCAGCCCUUCCAAUGCCCCCUCUGCGGGAGGAGCUUCACCGAGAGGAAGAACCUCAACAAGCACCAGCGGACGCACAGCGGGGAGACCCCCUUCACCUGCGGGGAGUGCGAGAACAGCUACACCCAGAAGUACAGCCUGAAGGUACACCAGCGAACGCACAGCGAGGAGACUUCCCACACCUGCAGCGAGUGUGGGGAGAGCUUCAAGCAAAGGAACCACCUGGUGAGCCACCAGCGGAGCCACAAAGCCGGGAGCCUCUACAUCUGUGCCGAGUGUGGGGAGAGCUACAGCCAGUGGGCGCAUUUCACCGCCCAAGAGAGAAUCCACACCAGGCAGAGCCAGCCAGCGUGCACUGAAUAUCGGUAA